AUGCAAAGGCCCUUUUGGCUCCUUGGGGGCCUCCCAGGGGGCCCCCAAGGGGGCCUCCCGGGGGGCCCCCCUGGGGGCCCCCUUGGGGGCCCCCAAGGGGCCUCGCCUCCUCUCAUCAUUGAGCUGGGAGCCGGCAAGGGCCUCGUGGGGCUGGGGGCCGCAGCGCUGGUCGCUGCACUAGCUGGGCGUGAGGCGAAGGCCUUAGGGGCCCCCCAGGGGGCCCCUGGGGGCCCCCCGGGGGCCCCCAAAGGGCACUGCUGCCACUUGCUGCUGACAGACUUGCCCUACUGCUUGGAGGGCCUCCGUGCUGCAGUGGAACUAAAUAAGGAAUUUGCAGAGCCGCUUGAGGUGGCUCCCGGCGGCUGCAGCCUCUCAGGUAGCUGCAAAGGGGCCCCUAGGGGGGCCCCCCUAGGGGCCCCCCUAGGGGCCCCCGCAGGGGCCCCCCGGCUCUCCGCAGAGCCCCCAGGGCCCCCGGGGCUCCCAGGGUCGGGUGGGGGGCGGGUGGGGGCCCCCCGGGGGCUUGAAGGGGGCCCCCUGGCGGGCGUAGCUGUGGAGGCCCUUGACUGGUUCUGCCCUGAGAAGUGCAGGGCGUGGGGCCCCUCGGGGGGCCCCCCUUGCGAACCCUUCCUUAUUGUUGCUGCUGAUGUCUUGUGGCUUAAAGACCUUGUAAAGCCCUUUGUAGAGACACUAGCCUUUCUCUUGAGUCCCCCAAAGGCCCCACUAGAGCCAAGUGCUCACCCCCAGGGGCCCCCUCAGGGGCCCCCUGAGGGGCCCCUCCAGGGGCCCCCAAAAGAGUGCCCGCGGGGCCCCCCGCAGGGCCCCUCAGAGAACCUUUCUGGGGGCUCUUUUGAGAUUCUCUCAGAGAAAGGCCUAGAGAGGCCCCCAGGGGGCCCCCCAGGAGGGCCCCCAAGCGACCCUCCGGGGGGGCCCCCAGGGGGGCCCCCGGGGGGGCCCCCAGAGGGGCCCCCAAAGGGGGCCUUAGGAUUUAGGGGCCCUUUGGCGCUCGUGGCGCAUCAAAGCCGCAGCAGAGCUGUUGAUGAUUUAUUUUUUUCUCUCUUGAAGGAAAAUGGACUUUCCGCUGAGGCCCUCAACUACGAGGGUCCUUUUGAGGCCCCUUCAGGGGGGCCCCCGGGGGGCCCCCUGUGGGGCCCCACGGGGGGGCCCCUGUGGGGCCCCACGGGGGGGCCCCUGUGGGGCCCCCGGGGGGGCCCCCCGGGGGACCCCGCAGGGGGCCCCACAGGCUAUAGAGGAGCUCCCAGGCAUUCCGUUGAGAUAUUUUUGAUAAGAAAAAUGACGGAGUAG